UCGGGUCAACCUGAACAUGCCCUACUCUGAUCCGUUUAAAAGGACUAAUCGUAGUUUAUAGAUCGUAGGAGGCCUCUGCCCUUGCUCUUCUCUUCCUCCUCGGUGUUGCAGACGUACGGAGGAGAACCCGGACGAGCGGCGUUUUUUGGGGACAGAAGAGGUGUAGAGGGAAUCGGCGAUGGCGGUACAUGAAGACGGGAGAGCUUCUGGGAAGAGAUUUCACGAAGAUGACGAUGAUAUGCCCAUCUUCAACGCCGAGAAUCUUCAGAGCAACAUGAAAUCCAUCUACUAUAGUCGUACCUUCUUGUCUAUCAUUGGUGGAGUGGUUGCUGGAAUUUGGGGAUUUACUGGCUUGAUGGGCUUCAUUUUUUACUUCUUGAUUAUGGCAAUCGCUUCUUUGGGAUUUGCUGCAAAGGCAAAAUUUUCGAUCCAGAAAUACUUUGAUUCUUGGAACAGAAUUGUAGUUGAUGGAUUUCUGGGCGGCCUCAUGUCCUUCGUGCUGUUCUGGACGUAUCCUUUUAUCAGAGUAGAAAGUUUAUGUUUUUACAUUUGCUUAUGACAUUGUUCAUAUAUUCUGAGCAAAGUGGAGCUUGUGGUUGUGCUUGAAGGUGAUGCAGAGUGGAUGGUGUUUGUCAAAUGCCAAUUAUGCGCACGGCAGUCAGAAUACAUAGCUGCUGAAAGCUAUUAUCAUGAUUAUUUAGUAGCCACUUGAUGAGAAACCCUCUGGCUUAUUUUUUGAUGUGUAACCUUUUCUUAUUUUAUCCUAACAUUGAGGAUUGCAGCAAAGUCGUCAUUUUCUCUAUGUAUUCUUGGGGAGACCCAGCUAUCUUCCCAUCCAUACUCUGUUUCACGUAACUCUAUAAUGACUAGAUACAAUAUUUCAACUUUUCAGUUGCAA